AUGGCCCUUGCACGUAUCGCUCAGGAGCAUGCAGACCUUCAACGCGACCCUCUUGAGACGUGCUUCGCUGGUCCCACUCAGUCUGACAAUCCACGACGAUGGGCUGGACAUAUCACUGGGCCCUCAGACACUCCGUACGAACAUAGAGAUUACUCUAUUGCAAUCGUGUUUCCAGAAGAUUACCCCAUAAAACCCUUCCAAAUCACCUUCACGACUCCUCUAUCACACCCUAACGUCUCUGUGGAUGGAGAAGUACGGCUCGCUGAGCUAGAGGAGAAACACUGGUCUCCGGUUCUCACGGUCCGCAGUAUUCUGAUCUCUCUUCAGGCAUUGCUAUCGGGCUCACCCAACUACGCUCAGGAGCACAAUGUUGACCUCAAGGCUGUUGAAGGGUCUACAGAACCGACUCACGACGGCAGGAAGAUUGGAGGCAAGAAAUACGGGAUGGAUAUAAGCCGCCCUGAAUUCAAGGAGUAUAGCAAGUUGACUGACGUAGAGGAGAGAAACAAGUUCUUUAUAAAGCAUGCUGAUAUAGUUUAG